AUGUCUACAUCUAACGUUGCCACAAGAGUGGAAACUUGGCUUUCAUCCACAUGGCAUGUUAAGGUUCCUUUGACAUGGCUGGAAGCAUGUAUUAGUUGGAUCCAGGAAGAAAAUAGUGGUAGUAAUUUAAGUCAAGCUCAGAUUAACAGGCAGGUAUUUGAGCAAUGGCUUCUUACCGACCUAAGAGAUUUGGAAUAUCCUGUUUUGCCUGACUGCAUCUUAGAUGCUCCUAAAGGAGAGUUGUCAGGCUUCUACUCCAUACAGAUUGAUUCACUGGCUGAUGUUAGCCAGCCAGCAUAUUCCCAGUUGCAGAAGCUAAGAGGGAAAAAUACUGCAAAUGAAGAAGUGACAGCCAGUACUCAGGCAUUCCAGAAGCCCUGGGAAGCAAAGCCUACUCGAAUGCUGAUGCUGCAACUAACUGAUGGGAUACAUCAAAUUCAGGGCAUGGAGUAUCAACCAGUGCCUGUCCUCCAUAGUAAUCUUCCUCCUGGAACAAAAAUCACUGUACAGGGUAACGUUGCAUAUCGUCUUGGAGUCCUUCUGCUUAAACCAGAAAAUGUGAAAGUUUUGGGGGGUGAAGUGGAUGCUCUACUGGAGGAGUAUUCUCAGGAAAGAGUCCUUGCUAGACUAACUGGAGAAACUGAAAACCCUAAUUCUGUUGGACAAGCUGGUCACGACCAAAUUCUUUCAAGGCCUGUGGAUGAAUUAGAACAAACUCUAGGCCCCUCGGAUGAAGAGCUUUUAGCCAGUCUUGAUGAAAAUAAUGAAUUUACUUUAAACAAUGAAACAGAAAGCGGAUACUGCAGUAGAAGCAACAAUUUUAGUACACCCUCAGGUUCACUGACUGCACACAAUGGAAAUGUUUUGCUACAGGAAUCUGGAAGUCCUUUGCCUCAUUCAGAUGAGCAAGUUUCACCUCCCAUAGAAUAUGUUGAUGGCUUGUUAAAUGACUUUCCUUUAGAAGAUGACUUUCUUCUGGAAGAAGAGAUGCAAAGAGAGCUGGAGGAAGUGCCGCCAGUGGUCGUGAACAGAAACAUAGGUUUAAUUACUGAGAGACUUCCACAUACAUCUAGAAGCUCCUGCAAUUCGUCUUUAAAUGGCACUUGUGAAAAAGAUGAUGUGAAUGAAAGAGAUAAGCCUGCAGAAGCUACCAGUGAGCAAAAGGCUUUUGAAAGAACAGUAUUUCAUGUAGAUGGAAAUAGUAUGAGUAGCUUUUCACAGCACGAGAGUGUACAUCAGACCUGCAGUUCUGCAGAUUUUUCUUUGGAAAAUCCUCCUGAAGAAAGGCAGAAUGAUACAGACCUAGAUGACAGCAGAUGUAAAUCCCAGCACACUUCUGACAGCAGGCUGUUAAAUGAUGAUCCUGUAUUUUUCUUGAAAAUGGAUCCAGAAGCAGAUCAGCAGAAGCAUGAUUCACAGACCUCUCCUUGCAGAACAGUAGAGGCACAUUUAGAUUUAGAUUCUCCACCUUUCACAUAUAUAUCUCUUCUCCUUGCAAAAAAACCAGAAACUGUUACAAUUCUGAAAGUUAAGUGUUUUAUUGUUACUCUCACUGGAAACCUCACAAGCAGCAAUGGGUCCUGGGGUAUAAAGGCAAAAAUCUCUGAUGGUUCAGCUUAUCUUGAAGUAGAUUUUGCUGAUGAUAUUCUAACAAGUUUGAUUGGCUUUUCAGUGCCUGAAAUGAAUAGGCUGAAAAAGGAUCCAGCUUUACAUCUGAAGCUUAAGGAUGGUUUAGAGAAAUGUCAAAAACAACUGAUAGAUCUCUGUUGUUUGAUGACUAUAGAGUUUAAUCCACUUCAGUCUAAAGCCACUGUAUUUAUUCUCCAGGAUGCUGAUGCAAGGCAUCUAGAACAAUUGAAGAAACGUUUGAAUAAAUAAUGUGUGCAAACUUGCAGACUGUAUAUUAGGAAACAUUUAAGUCAGAUUUCCCCUGAAGGACUGUUGAAAGUUAAAUUUUAAAGUUAAGUGGUAUGUCUUUUCUCUUAUCAGGAAAAAUGAUGGAAAUGUGAGAGGAGAUGACUUGUUGGAGCGAAACUUUGCAGUUUGUUUCUUAUGGUGAUAGUAUUGAAAUAAGCUUUCAAAUAUUUCUGUCUUGAUUUAAAAUACUCAUGUAUCAUUUUCAUUCUGCAAAAUCCUUCAGGUCCUCGACUGGUGAUCUGGAGUAGCAGAAUUUGUCAGGAAGUGGAUAACAAUGAACAAACCAUCUUGUUGUUAUAUUUUUUCAAGGGUGAUUACUUACCUGAUUUUUAAAAGGUAGCUAUAGGAGACUAUCAGUCUUUUCUUGGAGAAAAGUGGUUGAGUAAAUUUAAACAAAGAAUUAUUGUUUAAAUGUAGUCACUUCUGACUAUGCCAACCUGAAAACUCAGAUACAUAUUCAGUGUGC